UCUCAUUAAUAUCAGUUCAUCUUUAAACGUCGGUGUGCAAAGUGUGAUAAACAUGUCAGAGCAGACAGUCCUACAGCCGGGUGCCAACAUCCGGCCGGUGAUAGACCACGAGGGGGUGAAACUGCUGGUCGAGCGACUCUACGGCAUCUCUGUUCUGGAGCUGAUCGAGCUGAACGGAUAUGACGAUAAGAACUAUAAGAUCAUAGAGGACCCCAACGUGAAGAAUCCACUGAUAACGAACCACUGCCCUCACGGGUACGUCUUGAAAAUAAUGAAUUCUAUGGACUCCAAGAACGUGAGUCUGGUGGAGGCGCAGAAUGAGAUUAUGAACUUUUUGUCGACCCGUUCGGUAACCUGCCCCAAACCAAUUCGCAACGUGUUCGGGCACUUGCACUCCGUGGAGACGAUAGGGGGCAAGGGGCACGCGGUGAGGCUGCUCGAGUACGUGCCUGGGGACCUGCUGAAGGAUGUGCCCCAGUCUGAGGCACUUUACUACCAGCUGGGCGAGUUCGUAGCUAAUCUGGAUAAUAAGCUGCAGAACUUCAACCAUUCGGGGCUGGUCUCCCGGGAGCACAUCUGGAUGCUGUCGAAGGUGCCAGAGCUGGAAAAGUUCAAGUACGUGAUCAAGGAUGCGGAGAAAUUGGAUCUGGUUGAGGAGGUAAUCGAGGAGUUCAAAUACGCCGUGGUCCCCCACCUGGAAGAGCUGGAGAAGGGCGUGAUCCACGGGGACGUCAAUGAGAUGAACAUCUUGGUGUCUCCAAAACCUGGAACCAGCCAAACCGACUACCGCAUUACCGGUAUCCUAGAUUUCGGCGACAUCCAAUAUUCAUACUAUGUCUUCGAGUUGGCCAUCACCAUGACCUAUAUGAUGCUGCUAAGCGGUGACCUGAAGACGGGGGGCAUCGUGCUAGCUGGCUACUGUGUUAAUCGCCGUCUACCUGAUAUGGAGUACAGGCUUCUGAAGACGCUGAUCUCAGCUCGCCUAGUCCAAAGUUUAACACUGGGCGCCUACUCGAUCGCUCAGGACCCCAACAACACUUACGUAACAUCCACGGAGAAGGCGAACGGUUGGAACUUGCUGAAGAAACUGCGGAAGACCAAGCCAGACCCUGAUGAUGACCCUACCAAUUGGAAGGCUAUUGCCAACGACUAUCUGACUAGGAGCUAAAUGUGUCCUGGGAGUGUGAAAACCUAUGCUAUAAUACAAUCACCUUUAAAUAUUUUAGGUUAUAUUAUUACAGAAUAUAAUGUUUUAAAAUAACAAAGCAAAGACACAUGAGCGCGAACUUUUAAUAGUUUUUAUCUAUACAUUAUAUAGACUUAAAUGUCUGUUCAAGGGCAUAAGAAAAAAGGACAUAAAUUCAUAAAUUUAUGGUCAUUUCGUUAUUGCAACCUUGUUUUUAAAUCUUUUUUGCUCAAGUUUAACUAUUGUUAAAACAGUUUUGGAUUUCCAAAUAUACAACAUUCAUAUAUUAUUAAGUGAAUCUAUAUUUAAUAAAAAUAAUAAUAUAAGAACAUUGAACAUUACUAUAUAAGUUAUCGACUUGGUCAAUUUAUUAUACAAUAAUUAUGUAAAUAGUUCAUUAGUGGUUUAUUAUGAUAUU